UGUGAAUUUUUCAUGGUGGAGAUGAUGAGAUCAGAGAAUCGGAACAAUUUUCCGGUGAAGUUAGAGAUCUUUGAAGAUUCUCUUGAAGAAGAACACGCUCCUCUCAACAAACGAUCAAAGAUAUGGAGCAACAAUGGAACAAGUGUCUCUAAGUUUAGUCUACUUGAAGAGCCAAGUCCUUUGGGUUUGAGUUUAAAGAAGAGCCCAUCUUUUCAAGAACUGAUUCAGAUGAAACUUUCUCAAAGUGGUGAUGAGUCAAAGUCGGUUAAGAAAGAAAGUUUUUGUUUUGGUUUAGGAACCGUUGAGAAGCUUAAAGCUUCUAAUUUUCCUGCUACGGUUCUCAGGAUUGGUCAAUGGGAGUAUAAGUCAAGGUAUGAAGGUGAUUUGGUGGCGAAAUGUUAUUUUGCAAAACAUAAACUUGUAUGGGAAGUGUUGGAACAAGGUCUUAAGAGCAAGAUUGAGAUUCAGUGGUCUGAUAUUAUGGCUUUGAAGGCUAAUUUACCGGAGGAUGAACCUGGAACGCUGACUAUCGUGCUGGCUAGGCGGCCGUUGUUUUUUAGGGAAACUAAUCCGCAGCCUAGAAAGCAUACUUUGUGGCAGGCGACAUCGGAUUUUACCGAUGGUCAAGCCAGCAUGAACAGGCAACAUUUUCUGCAGUGUGCCCCAGGGAUAUUGACUAAACAUUUCGAGAAGCUUGUCCAAUGUGAUCAUCGCUUGUUCUGUCUAAGCCGACAGCCAGAGAUAAAUUUGGCCUCACCGUUCUUUGAUUCACGACAAUCUAUAUUUGAGGAUCCCUCUGUGUCUGGUUCUCAUAAUAUUGCAUCUCCUGUUGGGGCUCAGUCGUCAUCAGAACAUGUGUCUCUAUCUCAUGACGCACUAUCGCCUAGCUCAGUGAUGGAUGCUUGUGCAAUCGAAGGAGUUGGUGGUUCCGUUGAUUCGAGGAAUACAAACGGUUGGAGUCAGAUAAAAAUGCCUGGACUACACCAGUCUAUCUCGAUGAACGAUUUCCUUAUGUUUUUGUCAGAUCAAGCUUGUGAAAACAACCAAGAAUUUGAGGAAAUGAAACAGAUACUGCUAAGUGACACUCAAACCGAUCCAUCGGAUGAGAAGUCUGUCAUGUCAAAGGUGAAUUCUUUCUGCAACCUCUUGCAAUCUGCUGCAAAUUCACAUCUCAGUAUCGAAAAUGCUGACACCGGUAAAGAGAUUGGGGUCGAUAACAAUAGACACAUGACCGAAGGAGGCAAAAGAGUUGUUGAUCCUGCUUCAAGCAGCAAGCCACUACAGGGGAUGUCAAGGAAAGACUCAUUCAGUGAUUUGCUGGUACACCUUCCUCGGAUCACAUCACUCCCAAAGUUCUUGUUCAACAUUUCAGAAGAAGACUAGUAGAUAGUGAACCGAAAAGUUCUUGUUCUAGGAACCUUGAACAAGUAGCUGUAAAUCAAAUUAUCUCUCUCGUUCAUAAGGAUUUGGAGGAACUUUUGUGUUUGAUGAUGAAUCCUUGUAAAGAAAUGCUUUUGUGAUGGCGUUUUCUAAAAGCCAUUUUGUUUUGAGACAUAAACAAAAUUUUAAUAUUGCU